AUUGAUUAGUUGUCUUGGCGCAUCUCGAGCGUUUCCUGUGAAAUCUGUGAUCGACUCUUCAGGUCUGCUGGAUUUCAAGAUGGCGCCGCUCACAUCUUCCACACGUGAAGUGUUCGGCGAAGCGGUUCGGGCUGUUUUGGAAACUUGGCCGGUGCUACAAAUCGCGGUGGAUAAUGGUUUCGGAGGCGCGUACAGUCAGCAGAAAGCGGAGUGGAUGGCGGACGCGCUGCAGCAGUAUUUCAUGGAGAACGAUGAGCUGCAGCAGGACGAGGUGGAGGACUUCAUCUCUGACCUGAUGAACAACGAGUUUGACACGCUGGUGGAUGACGGGAGCCUGCCGCAGGUGGCACAGAAGGUGUGUGAGAUGUUCCAGCAGUGUCAGCAGGACAGACUGACAGAAGUCAAAGAGCAGAUCAAGCAGCUGAUCCGGAAGAAGAGCGCUGGGAGAGCAAAGGCCACACCGGCCAAAACACCUGCUGCUGAGGACGAUGAGGACAGUGAAGAUGAAGAGGCCAUGGAGUGUGACGGAGGUGCAGGCGGAGCUUCAGUCAACGGUCCAGUGGUGAAGGAGCAGCAUCUUCCUCCUCACGAGGAAGAGGAUGAUGGCUGGACGGUUGUGCGCAGGAAGAAGUGACUGGACUCUUUAGGACGGUUUUAGGACUGAGGAAUUUCUUCAUUUAAAAGACAAUUAAGGGCUUCUCCGUCCGUCCAGCUCUGAAUACGGUCUGUAUUCACAAACCCACAGAAUGCAUCUGACUGAUGUUAACAGCUGGAUUUCCUCACCGCUCCUCUUCAACGUUUCCUUUAGGAAAGCUUGGUUUGGAGUACGGUCUUUGAGUGUGCUUUGUAACUGGUCCCAUCUUUUGUGCAUAUAGAAAUAUAAAUAUGAAUCUUAUUUAUUUGUCUGUUACUGCCUACAGUGGUCCUUUAUCACCCUCUAGUGUCAGUAUAGUGUCACAGCAGCAUUAAAACACAGUGCUGGUUUCGCUAAACUUUUGUAGUCAAUGGAAGUAAAAAAAAAAAAUCAUGCAUGUUUAGUACAAUAACAUUGCCAAUGCUAAAGUUAUCACUCAUUAUGGAUUUUUCAUGCAGUAACAAAUACAGCUCCAAGUGAAUAAAAAUAAACACUGCAAAGUUUGAAA